AUGCCAAACCAAGUGCGCAACGCCUCUAACAAUGCUAAACCAGUACGCAACGCCUCCAACAGUGUCCCCGGCUGGAUCGAUGAGGCUGGGUUCGGUGCCCUCCCGCAGUUGGCCGUUAUGCAAAGGGCUGGAGUAUCCACAGGUCACGCCACGUGA